AGCAGGCUCCAGGCUCUGAGCUGUCAGCACAGAGCCCGACACGGGGCUCGAACAGAACAUGUGCAAUAAUGUCACCUCAAAAGAGAGUUAAGGACUCUAAGGCACAAAAGAGGACUUCACAAGAUAGUGAUAGUUAUAAGACUAAUCUCUUGGCCUUGAAAGAAGAGGACCUAAAUGACUCAAAGUGCAGCUUAAAACAUGGACAAAACGAUCCAGUGAAAGAUUAUGGACAUGCUGAUGAUGAAGCAGAAGAUGCUCUGAAAAGAGCAGUGAGAUACUUUGAGAAAGGUCCUGUUGAAACUUCACGGAGUAGAGAUAAAACCUUGGAAAAACACUUGAAAACUGUGGAAAAUGUGGCUUGGAAGAGUGGGUUAGCUCCAGAAGGAAUUGACAUUCUACUAAAUGUGGCACUUAGUGGCAAAUUUGGAAAUGUUGUAAACACUCGGAUAUUGAAGUGCAUGAUUCCAACAACUCUAAUAUCAGAAGAUUCUGUGGUUAAGGCGGUUUCCUGGCUUUGUGUUGGCAAGUGUUCUGGUAGCACCAAGGUACUUUUUUAUCGUUGGCUGGUUGCUAUGUUUGACUUCAUUGAUCACAAGGAGCAAAUUAACUUACUCUAUGGCUUCUUUUUUGCCUCAUUGGAAGAUGAUGCACUGUGCCCUUAUGUGUGCCAUUUGCUGUAUUUACUUACCAGAAAAGAGAAUGUCAAACCAUUUCGUGUGAGAAAACUGCUUGGUCUUCAGGCCAAAAUGGGAAUGCAGCCUCACCUCCAGGCUUUGUUAUCGCUGUAUAAGUUCUUUGCUCCUACUUUGAUUUCUGUAUCUUUGCCUGCAAGGAAAAAGAUUUAUUUUAGGAAUUCAGAGAAUCUGUGGGAGACAGCUCUACUUGCUGUGAGGCAAAGGAUUCAGGGACCCCCUCCUGAACCUGUAAAAUUAAUGUUAGGUCCAGCUAAUGUCCAUCCUGUAAAAAGAAAAUGGAAUUCUUACUCAGUUAUACCCAUGCUGAAUUCUAGUAGCUGCAGUAAAGAAUGUGGGAAAAAAGGGAUGGCUCUUUCUGAUUAUCUCCGUAGUAAUGGAUCAUUUCCAUUAGAACAGCUUAAAAGCUUCCCUCAACUCUUAAAGAACAUCCAUUGCUUAGAGCUGCCUUCUCAGAUGGGUGCAGUGUUGAACAACUCUCUGCUGCUUCACUAUAUUAACAUUGUCAAAGACGAGUCCAUCUUACUGAGACUCUAUCACUGGUUGAGUCAAACAUUACAGGAAGAGUGUAUUUGGUAUAAGGUGAAUAAUUAUGAACAUGGAAAAGAAUUUGCCAACUUACUGGACACUAUCAUCAGGGCAGAGUACUUCUUACAAGAGGGGUUCUAUUCCUGUGAAACAUUCCUGUAUAAGAGCCUUCCUCUCUGGGAUGGCCUCUGUUGUCGAUCACAGUUCCUUCAGCUUGUGACCUGGAUUCCUUUUAGUAGCUUCUCUGAGGUGAAACCACUUCUUUUUGACCAUCUAGCACAGCUAUUCUUUAUAUCAACCAUUUAUUUCAAGUGUAGUGUUCUCCAGAGUUUGAAAGAACUAUUGCAGAAUUGGCUGUUGUGGCUUUCUACGGACAUCCACAUGAAACCUGUGAUGGACAGUCCUCUGGAUACCACUUUAGGUGGAUCCGUGAACACUGUGUCUGAACUGAUUGACUACAUAGGGUGGCUGUCCACUACUGCAAUGCGCUUGGAAAGCAACAAUACUUUCUUACUGCACUUUAUUUUGGAUUUCUAUGAGAAGGUAUGUGACAUAUAUGUAAAUUAUAACCUUCCACUAGUGGUAUUGUUUCCUCCGGGGAUCUUCUAUCCUGCUCUCCUCAGUCUAGAUUCCAGUAUCCUGAACCAGCUGUGUUAUAUCAUGGACAGGUAUCGUAAAAAUUUGACUGCUGCAAAGAAAAAUGAGUUGGUACAAAAGACAAAAUCAGAGUUCAAUUUCAGCACCAAGACCUAUAAAGAAUUUAAUCACUAUUUGACAGUGAUGGUUGGUUGCCUGUGGACAUCUAAACCUUUCCAGAAAGGAUUGUAUAUUGACCAUGAAGUCAUAGAAAAAGCUGGAGUAGCAGAGUAUAAAAGCAGUUUAAAUUUAGUUCAUCACCCAGCUCUAUUGAGUUAUACAGUUUCCUUUCUGCUCCAGGAAUGGCCAGAAGAAAGGAGAGUAAACAUGAGCUCUGUUCGGGGAAAGAAAUGGAACUGGUAUUUGGACUAUUUAUUUUCAGAGGGGUUACAAGGCUUGAAACUUUUCAUAAGGAGUAGUAUUCAUCGUUCUUCUACCCCCCUGACCAGAGAGCAUAAACCACAUCAUCAACAUUAAAUGAGUUUUGACUGAAACAAACUGACCAUACCGGACUAAAUUCUUUUCCUUGUUGCUAGAGAGGCCAAAUGGCUCAACUUGAGUUGCCAUAAUCUGUUCACCAACAGACUGCCAUCCUCGGAGCACUUGGACUGGCCUUCUGUGCAUGGUUCAGGAGAGCCUCAGUGUGGCUAAAUUUAUUUUUCAAGAUCUAGAUUCUUUAGCCCACUAGUGAAAACCGACUUCAUCUUCAGGCUCAGCCUUCCACCAGAUUAUACAUAAAGAGAUUCAUCUAUUAGGUGGUGGAAUUUUUCAAAUUCUUGUGGACUCUAAGUUGCAUCAGUGGAAGAGAGCAGAUAACAUAUAGUGGCAGUUAAGCCACAGACAUACUCGUGCAAAAAGCCCUGCCGCUUCUGAAACCUCUGGGGAUAUUGCCAUUUUCCUUAUUGUGAACAACAAUGUCAGCAUCAAGUUAACAGGAUACAUUUCUAAUGCUUAAAGCCAGCUCUAGCUAAUUGGUAGCUUCCUGGGCCUUCACUGGUAGCAAUUUGAUGAGAGAAGGAAGCGGAGAGGAUUGUGGGAUAAUCUAAAAUGUUCCCAUUUAUUCCACUUUGAUUUCAUAAAACUGUACUAUUUUGUGUAUGUGUAUAUAUGUAUAUGUUACAUGUCCCAUUUUUACAUGUUCAGGCUCAUUUAAAUAAACCGAGACUUUAUUUGGGGGGAUCAUUCUGAAGCUUUUAAAAAAUUUUAUCAUAGCUAGAAUAUUUUGCUGAAAAUUAAAAUUCACUGCUACUGAGUAACUCUUCUCCUUUUAAUAAAUUUCAUGUCAUUUGAGAGAAA